AUGCUUAAAAUGUAUAACUACAAUGGAUACUUGUACCUGUUCUAUAAUGGAUAGUAUUUCAAAAAUUAAUACGAUACCUCAGUAUUCGAAAGAUAUUUACUGAAUUUUACCUCUCCAAAUUCAUGCAUUACAUCAUAUACUCAAUCGGUCACCACAUUCCCAGCACUAAUUACUAAUAACUCUAUUGCAUUGCAAUUGCCGUUCAAAUCAAAGAUGACUAGUAUUGUUUAGUAUACAGUUGGUAAAUUAAGCAAUGCAAUUAAAGGUUUCUAUCUUGAAUUGAUUAAUUACUCAAUUGGAUUUGGGUAUACAACAGCUAGUGGAAUAGGAUGUCCUGAUCUUAAAAUUGAUUGGCUUGAUGAUCCCAAAGAUUUAUUUAUAAGAUUACCUUAAGUUGAAUUAGUUACAUAGGUUAUUAAACCAGCAAAAAUAUGCACUGGCGAAAAAUUACUUUUUGGAAUCAAAGUAGAUCAUUUUUCAAGUCUACCUCCCUCUAUUUUUGUGACUAAUGCUGUUGAUGGAUCUUAAAUUAAUAUAAACGCUUCAGCUCUCGGUUUGUCAAAGAGCUUCAGAGUAACGAUUAUCCCUGAGAAAAAUUUUACAGAACCUCUAAAAUCAGAAUGCUCUUAAUCAAUUUAUCCAUUUUAAUCUUCCAAUAAUUUUAUUAAGCAUUACUCAGCUGAUGUUUCACUAGAUGAUUCAUUUUUUACCUUUUGUGGUACAACAAAGGAGUUUAAUACUCCUGAGAACACUACAUAUUAUCCAUUCAUUGCAACUUUUAAUAAGAAUCUUAUACUUAGUUAUCAGUUAACUCUCAAGAGCGGAGCAAGUGAUGGUAUAGCCACAACAUGCUUAUUUGACGAUUAAAAUAAUAUUUACUCAGUUAUUCAAGCUAAAUCAGCUACUAAUGUAACUGAUUAUGACUCAGUAUAUUUUUACAAAAUAGAUACUUUGGGAAGGAUGGUUUAGAGUAAACUGUUUUAAACUUCAGGAUCUAAGCUGUCGGCUCAGUUAGGAUAUUAUGAUAAUAUCACACAAUCCUUUUAUGUCACUGGAAUUACAGAUUCAAGCUUGUAUCAGCUUAGUGGAUAGAGCGGAUAUAUUAUUAAAAUGGAUUAGAAUUUAACCACAGUGUAUUUUUCUGUUUAUUCCAUAUAUACCAGUUCAAUUAUUCCAUAGGCACUAACUGUCACAUAAAAUGGAUUUGUUCAUUAAUUAGUAGGAAGAUAGAUUUACAGAAGCUUAUUCUUUUUCGAUAAAUCUAGUCCUUCAGCAACAGCAACUAAUUAGAGAACAUACGACUUCGAUAUAUUGUCAUUAGAGAAUAGAAUAUUUACGGCUUUUUCUUACCGGAACUUGCCAUAUACUGAGAUUUACAUUUCUGAAUUUGGAAUUCAAGGCUCCUUUGUUAAUCACAAAGAGCUAGUUUUACAAGAUUUUUCUAAUAUAGCUAUUUCAUUAGGCGUCUCAGGCAAUGUUCGAUACUCUCCUUCUGGAACAAGAUAUAUUUACGUCAUGAUUUAACAAUCUUUAGUUAUGACAAUAAUAAGAUUUUCAAGUGAUAGGCUAACUAUAGAUGAAUUUCAAUUAGAAUACAAUUUAUUGUGGGAUAAGGAUACUUAUACAUCAUAUACAAACCAAUUCGUUUCAAAUAAAAAUCAUUAUUUUAUGCAUGUCUUUAAUACCACAAGUAUUUUGGCUUAUAAUUUCAUGCAAGUAUCACAGUUUAAAAUAUCUGAUCUAGAAACUAAAAUGAAUAGUAGUUACUGUAGUAUUUACAAAUGGUAAUUCUCCAGCAUAUCAAACAAAUUCCUAGGAAAUUAUGGAGAAGGUGUGUCAGGAAAUUUAUCUAAAAAUUGGUAAUAACUCCCUGUCUUAGCUAAAAUGUUUGCUCCAGCUGAAAUGCAGGAUUAAAUAAUCAAAGCCUCAAUGUUUAGAGGAUACUAUUAUAAAGAAAAUGCUAGGCCAUUCUAUACUAAUUUUCUCUCUUGCACUUAAUACUCUCUAGCAACUCAAGGAAUAGUCAAAAAUUUUACAGGAUAAAAUGCAAUUUAUGUUUCAGAAGAUGACUUCUAUCUCAAUCUGAGUCCAUUUACUCAGUGCCAGGGUAGACCAUUUACUAUUAGUCUUAAAAUACCACUUUUCUAAACGGGUUAUCCUACGAAUUAUAAUAAUUUACCGUCUUGGAUUAAUCCAAAUUUUCCACCAUAUUUAAUUGAGAGUUUUACUAAAAAAGUAAAUGUUUAUGGAAUGCAUAACUUUUAUGAUUCAAUAGUUUAUGAUAAAGACAAUGAAUUUGAUACACCAGUGAUAUGGAUAGUUCUGCAAAACAGAUCAAAUAAUUAAAUCAGUAAUACAAGUAUUAUAGGGCUAUAGAUAUUAUCCAAUUCAUCAGAAUUAGUAGAAUAUGCAAUCAAUAAUCCUCCAAAUCCAACAGCAAGUACACUUUAUUAUUUAAAGAUAUUAGUUGGAGAUAAAUUAAACAUGCUAUCACCUAGAGAGUAUACAAUAGAACUUUAUAUUUUAAAAAAUAAUCCUCCACAGUAAAGCAACUUCGUAGAUCUUGAGGAAGAUCCUUUUACAGUAGAUUGUAGUUUAAUCAUUAAACCUACAAUAGCUCCAGAUUCAGAUUGGAUAUAAUUCAUAGAUUAUUAGAAUGAAACAUAUAGUAUAAUUGGAAAUACACCAAGGAAUAACAAAUAUGCUGGCUUAUACUCUAUAAGAUGUCUACUAACUGAUCUAUAAACAAAAGAAAGUUCUACAUAUGAAAUAACAGUCUAAGUUUAUGAAAAACCUAGAAUUUAGCUCUUGUACAGUUUGAUUGACUAAUCUUUCCUUUUACCAUAUGGAUUCACUUUAAACCUAACCAAUAUCACUUCUGAAUAAAAAGAGAACUAUAACUUAACUCUCUUUGUAAAUGAUACAGUGUAUAAUAGUGACCACGCAAAUUGGCUUAGAUUUGAUGCAACAAAUAACACAUUAGAUUUUGCCCCAAAAUCAAAUAAAUACCAAGGGACACAUCAGAUCAAACUUAUGUUCGAUGAUGGAAUAUCUGUUCCUACCUAAUUAUCAUUUAAAGUAACAGUUAUCCCAAAUAAAGAACUCAAGAUUACAGGCUCGCUUAGUAAUGAGGUCGCUAUUGUCAAUAACAAUUUUAUGUUUCACCAUGAUAUAACGAAGUUAUUUUAAAAUCCUGAGAAAAAAGCUUUUACCUUUUAUUUUAGAAUUGAAGGAUUAUUUGAACUGCCCUAUUUUAUUUCUAAAAACUACUCCAACGGAUCUUAUUCAGGUAUUGCCUAAGAUGAAGCUAUUGGCGAGUAUAACAUAUAAUGUGUUGGUGUUGAUGACUCGUUUUGCGUGGAUGAAUGCAUCUAAGGAACCUAUAAUGAUACCAGAGAUUAUUGCCUUAAUUGCCCAUUUUAAUGCAUUAAAUGUAAUGGAGGCAAUAUUUCUAAGGAUUGCUAAAUGUGUUCAAAAGGAUUUUUCUAUUUUAAUGAUGGCUGCUAUCUCUUGUGCCCAUUAGGCUACUGGGGAGAUGAGAAUGAUUAUUUAUGCAAAAAACUAUUUGGAUUAAACUCAUUUGGUGACACAAUUAGGCUGGGAUAUGUACUUUCUGGGAAAGAAUGUAUAAUCCCGAAAUGUUAAGCAGGCUAAUUCUUUUAAUGGAAAGAAUCUAGUGCGAAUGAGCUACUUACAGGGAAAUGUGAAAAAUGUGAUCCAAGAUGCAAAAAGUGCGUGGGUUAUGGUCAAAAUAAUUGCUAGGAAUGCUUCCUUGGAUAUGAAUUCUUAAAUGAAAAUAGAUUUUGCAUAAAAUGCGAAGAAAUUCUUGGAAAAUUUACUAAUGAGGAAAUGGAAUGUGAAGACUUAUGUGGAGAUGGAAUUGUAGUAGACAAGGCUUGUGAUGAUGGUAAUCAGGAUAAGGGAGAUGGUUGUAGCAAUUUAUGCAUGAUUGAGGCAGGAUUUGCUUGUCCUUUUGCAAAUUCUUCUUGCAAAGAGAUUAUUCCACCUUUCCUAAAAGUAACAGCUAUUACAACAACUAAUAUAAUACUAUUGGAGUUUUCAGAACCUAUUUUAAUCGAGAAAGAAUCUACUUUCAGUCAAGCCAAUAUUUAGGUAGACAUUGUUGGAUCUUUAAAAAGCUACAAAUUUGAAUGGAGAAUAAUAUCACUUCAAAAUCAAUUGCUAGUUCCUGGGCGAUAAAUCUAAAAAUUUAUGAUCAAGAUUGAUAAUCUGCAAUAAAGCUUGUAUGGAUAGGAAGAAAUUAGGGUUCAAUUCAAAGAUAAUAGUUAGAUAAAAGAUCUUGCAGACAAUAUAUUGACAGAACAAUAUGCUUUCAUUAAUCCUUAUCCUUUUACUUACUUAUCUCCAACAGAAAAAUCAACUGCAACUAGUGGUGGAUCAUCAUUACAAUAUUCAGUAAUGUCAGUGUUUAGUGUUAAUCUAGCUAUGAAGGCUUUAUUGAAUUCAUCAAUGCAAUACUUGUGGGGACUUGUGCACGCUCUCUAGAUUAUUACUUUUCUCUUGUAUAUGAACAUUUUAAUUCCUUCUAAUGUCGAGCUCUUUACAGAUUAUUUGUCAAUAGCAAGUGGCGAUAUUAGCUUGAAAGAAUUUAUACCCUCAGUAUUAGAUAUGGUUAUUGAUCAAAGAGACAUCUAUGAACCCAUUGAUAAUGAGACAUUUUACUAUAAAUUUUAAGAAAAAGAUCUUACUCCUUAUCUAAUUAUAAGCUAUGGAGAAAAGAUAAGUCUAUGGAUAGCAAGUAUCUUAGUUAUUUUGCCUGCAAUAAUCAUAUUAAAUAAGUUAUUCAAAGGAGUUAAAGUGCUAGAAAAUUUGCUUAAAGGAUUUUUCUUUAAUGCACCAUUAAGAACAUUCAUUGAAUUAUAUUUUGAACUAGCCUUGAUAAUACUGAUAAAUACCAAAUUCAUUAAAUUUUCUAACUCAAGUCAGAUGAUAGCUAGCACCACUUUAUUUUUUAUCGGAUCAUUCUCAAUUACACUUCCUUUUCUUUUAAUGACCCUGAUCUAUCAAAAUAGGAAAAAUAUCGAGAAAAGAAAAUGGAAGCAUUCCCUUGGUAUACUUACUGAGGAUUUAAAUAAUGAAACUAUCCUCCAGCUUUACUAUUAUCCGAUUUUCAUAUAUUAAAGACUAGCGAUAUGUACUAUCCUUGCAUAUGGAUUUAGGUAUCCAGUUAUUUAAUGUAGCCUUAUGAUUGGAUGCAAUCUGCUAAUGAUUCAAUACUUGACUGUGAAUAAACCAUUUAAAUAAGAAAAUCUUUAAACAACUACAGUUCUAGAUGAAUUCAUUAUACUAUUCAUAGCUAUCAUAAUCUCGAUGCUCCAUAUUUUAGAUUACAACAUGGAUGAAAGAAAAAAGUAUGGUUGGAUAAUUAUUUUCCUGAUCGUUUUCAGUGUUGUCAAAAACUUUGGUGUAGUAGUUUAUUUUGGAUUACAUAAUGCAAGUAAAACUUAUUCUAAAUUAUUUAAUCAGGAGGACAGGGAAAUUGAUUCUCCUCAUACAAGCGACAAUGAAUCAAUUGACACUGUUGAUAAUGUGAAGGAUAACUCAGCUUAAUUUUCACAAAUUAAAAGAUAGAGAAAUACUUCUAAUAGAAAUAUAAGAUUAUAACAUAUAGAGCCUUCUGUUUUUAGCUCUAGAAAAAAUAAUAUAAUAUCUCACUAGUAAUUUUUAAGAUCUAGAUAAGCAUCCUAUAUAACAGAUAAUAACAUUCUACAAACGGAUUAAUUAAAAAAUUGA